AGAGAGAGAGAGAGAGAGAGAGGAGUAAAGCAGACUCAGAUGCUUGAAAAGCAAAGUGAGGCCAUCUGUUUCUCUCUCUUCUCUCUCUGAUGCUAUCAAGGAAUUGAAGGCAAAAUGGACGUUGAGUUUUGGGCUUCGCGCAUGCAAGCGGCCAAACACCUCAGCGCUGUGCAUGCUUCAAGGCUCAACUCUGGAACACAUUUGGUACUAGAUGAUUCUGAAGUAGAUGAGGACAUGCAAGCAUGCUUUCCUUGCCCCUUUUGUUAUGUGGAAGUUGAAGUCUGUGUGCUCUGUAGCCAUCUUCAGGAAGAACAUUGUUUUGAUAUAAAAAAUACGGUAUGCCCUGUGUGCGCAGCAAGUGUAGGCAGAGACAUGAUUGGGCAUUUUACUUUCCAGCACACUCAUCUAUUGAAGAGGAGGAGGAAAUCUCAGAAAGGAGGACUUUGGACUUACCAUACAUCUAUUGCUGGAAAGGAAUUUCGAGAACUGAGCUCAUUUCUUGGGAUGGGUUCAACAAUACCAUACAUACCUAAUUCUGCUCCUGAUCCACUGCUCUCACCAUUUCUCUCCAACUCAUCACUCCCCUAUACCAAUGAAAGCAAUACAAACUCACCAUCAGAUGGCAAAAUCACGUCAAACUCUAAAGACACAGAACGCUACUGUGCAUGCAGGAUCUCCGACAAAUCAUCUGAUGGAGCUGGAGAGCAGGCUUAUCGAGAGAGAGUACAGAGGGCGGAGUACAUUCAGCAAUUGCUCUUGUCGACCAUUCUAUAAGGAACCUCUCUCAUCUACACCUAUGCAUCACACCCCAGUCAGUCCAGUUGCUAUGCAUCACACCCCAGUCAGUCCAGUUGCUUCUCGAGCUUCCCUGCACUAUAACCACUGAUAACGAAGCAUCAUCCCACAACUUCACCUGGUUUGGGUCGUUGAACAUUUAUUUGCCACUAAAUCUCCGGGUUGAAAUAAUGUGGUGUGGUAGUUGUAUUAAUUCACCGCCUGAGACUCAGAUGUGUCUUUUCGGACCAUUGCCAGAAACACGUUUUAAAGGUAAUCUGGUUGCUGGUUAUGUAAGGAUUGAUUCCCAUGUCCUCAAGUACUUUGGUUCUGGUUUUAAAUAAGGGGACUAUUAUAAGUUUAUUGUA